CCCCGGCUGGGCCCCUGCACGCGGCCGAGAUGACUUCCAAGGAGGACAGCAAGGUGGCGCCCGGGGAGGAGCGGCGGCGCAGCCCCCUGGAUCACCUGCCGCCGCCCGCCAACUCCAACAAGCCGCUGACGCCGUUCAGCAUCGAGGACAUCCUCAACAAGCCGUCUGUGCGCCGAAGUUACUCGCUGUGCGGGGCGGCGCACCUGCUGGCCGCCGCGGACAAGCACGCGCCGGGCGCCUUGCCCCUGGCGGGCCGCGCGCUGCUCUCGCAGACCUCGCCGCUGUGCGCGCUGGAAGAGCUCGCCAGCAAGACCUUUAAGGGGCUGGAGGUCAGCGUCCUGCAGGCAGCCGAAGGCCGCGACGGGAUGACCAUCUUUGGGCAGCGACAGACCCCCAAAAAGCGACGGAAGUCGCGCACAGCCUUCACCAACCACCAGAUCUACGAGUUGGAGAAGCGCUUCCUGUACCAGAAGUACCUGUCCCCAGCCGACCGCGACCAAAUCGCGCAGCAGCUGGGCCUCACCAAUGCGCAGGUCAUCACCUGGUUCCAGAAUCGGCGCGCCAAGCUCAAGCGGGACCUGGAAGAGAUGAAGGCUGACGUGGAGUCCGCCAAGAAACUAGGCCCUAGCGGGCAGAUGGACAUCGUGGCGCUGGCCGAACUCGAGCAGAACUCGGAGGCCGCGGGCGGCGGCGGCGGGGGCGGCGGCGGCUGUGGCAGGGCCAAGUCGAGGCCCGGCUCUCCGGCGCUCCCCCCAGGUGUCCCGCAGGCCCCGGGCGCCGGGCCCCUGCAGCUCUCGCCCGCCUCCCCGCUCACGGACCAGCCUGCCAGCAGCCAGGACUGCUCAGAGGACGAGGAAGACGAAGAGAUCGACGUGGACGACUGAGCCGCGUCUAGGAUCUUCCGCCGCCCCGGGCCCCUAGCGCCCGCAAGCCCGCCGCCUCCCGGACCGGACCGCCGAGGGGAGCUGGAACCCCCUCUGCAACUCCCGCCUCCUCCCCCUUUCCGGGCCGCGACUUGGCUCCCGGCAGCCGCCUCUUCCCUCUCGAAGCAAUAAACCCGGGCUGGCCAGCCGGACCGGACGUCGCGCGCGGCCUCCGCCGCCCCGGCAGCCCUCGCCGUGCAAUUCUGUAUGGCUUCUGUAAAAAUAUUUAAACCCAGAAAGCGGGUUGCUCC